AUGGAAGUUAAACAAAGAGAGUUAGGAGGAGAAGAGAAAGAAGAAGAACAUGCCAAAGUGGAAAUCUGGAAAUAUGUGUUCGGGUUUGUCGAAAUCGCAGUGGUAAAAUGUGCCAUUGAGCUUGGAAUAGCUGAUACAAUUGAAAGCCAUGGCAGUCCCAUGACACUCCUAGAGCUAUCAUCUGCUCUAAGAUGUGAUCUUUCUCCCCUUUACCGCAUCAUGAGGGUCCUAGUCCACCUCAAAAUAUUCAAAGAAAAACCAGCAACCCCAUUAGGCCCCAAAGUUUAUGCACAAACACCUUUGUCCAAACAGCUAUUGAAAUCCGGACAAAACAGCAUGGCUGCUUUCAUUUUGCUAGACAAUAGCCCGGACAUAUGGAGCUUUGGCGCAGCCAAUCCUGAUCACAACAAGCUUUUCAAUGAAGCAAUGGCUUGUGAUGCAAGGAUGGUUGUGCCUGCAGUGAUUGAAAGUUGUAUAAAGGUGUUCAAAGGGAUUGAGACAAUCGUAGAUGUGGGCGGGGGUGAUGGGACUACUUUGCGCUUGUUGGUUGAGGCAUGUACUUGGAUUCAAGGCAUCAACUUUGAUCUUCCUCAUGUUGUGUCUGUUGCUCAGGAGUGUGACCGCAUUGAGAAUGUUGGAGGUGACAUGUUUGAUUGUGUUCCAAAGGCUGAUGCUGUAAUUAUGAAGUCGGUUCUUCACGACUGGGGCGAUGAUGAGUGCAUCCGUAUCCUUCAGAAGUGCAGGGAAGCUAUUCCGGAGGAUAAGGGAAGGUGA